AUUUACUGCAACAUUUGAAAGCCGCAGUCACCACUUGCAACUCAAGAACCGCCAAAACUUGCACAACUGUUGCAAACAGCAAACUGCAGACCCCGAAAGCCAGGAGUGUUAUUAGUAUUUGGCAUUGACAAUCUUCAAACCAAUAGGCGUUGCGUAGGAGGCAACCACUUCUAGAGGAAGCUUUUAGAAGGGACACGUCGUUUCGUUAGGGCUUCGUCAGCAGGAUGGUUCGCCUAACGCUCAUAGCUCGUGUACAAGAUGGACUGCCUCUCGCGGAGGGCUUGGAUAGCGAGAAGGACGUGGAGAUCGACAAGUACAAAUCGCAAGCCAAGAGCCUGCUGAAGAAGUUCUCGCAACAGCCGAGCCACCAAGCGGCACGCCUGUCCGUGGAGUCAGGCGCAUACACAUUUCACUACCUGCUUGACGCGGGUGUGUGCUACCUCACGCUCACGGAGAAGGGGUACCCCAAGAAACUCGCGUUCCAGUACCUCGAAGAGCUCACGAAUGAGUUUAGCCGGCUAUACGGGCCACAGGUGCACACGGUCAGCCGGCCCUACGCCUUCAUCAAGUUCGACACCUUCAUCCAGAAGACGAAAAAGCUGUACAUGGACACGCGCACGCAGCGCAACCUGUCCAAACUGAACGAUGACCUGGCGGAGGUGCACUCCAUCAUGACGCGCAACAUCCAGGAGGUGCUGGGGCAAGGAGAGAAGCUGGACAACAUGGCCAAGAUGUCCAGCACGUUAGCGGCCGAGUCCAAGCAGUACGCCACGCGCGCAAAAGACCUGCACCGACAGGCCCUUCUCCGCAAAUGGGUGCCGCUCGGAGUCGUGGUUGGCAUUGUGCUGCUCCUCUUCUGGGUGCGCGCGAAGUUCUACACCUGAGCAGCUCGCUCUACAGCAGCUGUUCCCAACAACACGUCAGCAGUUGCAUUGCUGUUGUCGAGGGUGCACGGGUGUUGAGGGCUGGCGGAAUGGGCUGCGUGAUCGUUGGGCCACAAACAGGUGGUGGCGGUUGCAGGUGGAGCAUGUUUCAAGGUGGCAGGCUGGUGGUGUGGGGCGGUGGCGUUCAAUUAUCGAAGACGCUCCGCUAGGAUGGUCGCAGAGGUGCGGAUGCGGGGGUCAAGACGGCGUACGGCUGCUGAAACGUGGAAGCUGACAUGACGGCGAGUGAGGCGAAGAGGCUGCGUGUCCAGGGGCAUGAGCCUUGGCUUG